GGCGCGAGUCAUGCACCGCCAUGUUUUCCUGGCGCACACUGUUUGCUCAGCCCUACCAGACCUUUUGGCACUACAACAACACAGGAUAUUCCAGACACAAUCCUUGGAUGGGAAGGGUUGAGACUUGAGCGCCGACUGAAAUACUUGCGACAAUGCUUGCGUGGAGCUAAGGAUGACGAGUGUAUUGAAGACAACAGAUUAUCGCGUCUGCAUCUCUGGUGCACUCAGGCGCUGCGCCCACCAAGGAACACGUCACAGGCUGUACGCCCGCAGCCCACCGCGCUCUUUUCCUUCAUUGCUCUUGCAGUAGAUCCUCCUGUGCAUUCUUCUCCCUUCACUAAUCAUCGAUAUGCACGUCUUGCUUUCAAAGUAGAGAAUGCCCAUCCAAUUUGCUAGCGCUCCAGAGGCACUGCUCGGCCGCAACGACAGCAAAAACGCUGCAACGACUUGUAAGGGCAUUACGAGUUCAGGCAGACCGUGCAGAAGAGCAUUGGCAGUAGCUAGGGCCACGACUUUCCAAAAUCAUGCCGGCAACGGAGUCUGGCUUUACUGUUGGCAGCACAAGGAUCAAGCAGGAGCUGAAGUGGGAGAGGAGUAUGAGGAGGACGUUGCGAAAGGCUCCAGAGGGAGGCGCUCGACAGAGUUGGAGCCGUUGCAGGAACGGACGAGUCUCGACACUUUGGUGCAGCGACUAGGAAUACACGAUACACCGCAGGAAGAGAGUCAGCAACGAAGAGCGAGGAAAGAUGCAGGUCGGCUGAGACCAGCGCGGGAAGACCGCCACUCGCGACAAGUAUAUACUCAAGAUGAAGCCAUAGUUUACAACGCACCUCAGGUUGGACAAACGAGACCAAAGCCACGGCCUCGCCCAAAACAGCAACCCAGCUUUUGGCAAUCUUUGUGCUGUAUUGUAGAUAAUGAUGACUAUCUAGAGGUUGUUCGACAUCGAAAGAGAACGGAGCAAAACAUGCCAUUGCAGAGCGUUGUCGAUGUACAGCCUACACCAAGGCCAGCCAUGAUUCAAUCACCUUCUUCUCUUCCUUCCCGAACCAAUCCUACUCCGGGCGGUGAUGGCCGGAGAUCGUCCAGACCGAACACCUCUCGAAGAUAUUCAUCGCGCACAGAGCAGCUAUUUUCCAUUAUACCCGCAAACCUUCCCCCGCAGACAGCGUCAUCACUCCUCGCCGAGCUCGUCAAACCGAUCAGUCCAAACGACGAGGAGGGCUACAUCUACAUCUUCUGGCUGACGCCGCAAUCUAAACAAGUUCCCACAACAUCCACAGCACGAUCCCUCCUAGCACCACCUGUCUCGUUAGAGCGACCUCGCUCACACCACCGCCGCAUCAGCGAUGUCAUGACAGAAUAUUCCUUCAGCGGCUCGGCGGAAGAGACCGCCGGCGAAGACGUCGUGAUGCUGAAAAUCGGCCGCGCCAACAACGUCACCCGCCGGAUGCACGAAUGGCAGCGACAAUGCGGCUACGAACUCAACCUCGUACGCUGGUAUCCGUACAUUCCUACCUCCUCGCCUUCACCACAGCCUUCACCCGAGCGACACGGGCAAUCACAGCCACAGCAUAAUCGACGGCAGAGCGGUCUAGUGAGGAAGGUCCCGUUUGUCAAACGUGUGGAGCGACUGGUACAUCUCGAACUCGCGCAGAAACAGGCCAAAAGUCAGUGUGAGGCGUGUGGACGGGAACAUCGAGAGUGGUUCGAGGUGAAGGCGAGUCAGAAGGCCGUGAAGGAUGUUGAUGAUUGCGUCAGGAGAUGGGUGGAAUGGGCGGAACGGAAGAGGGAUGCAGAGCUCGGGGGCACAAAGUAGGAUUGUUUGGAACUUGCGAGUCUGGAUGUUGGUAUAACGAGAGCUGGGCGCAACACCUUUUUACGAGAUUGUGAUGUAUGGAUGUGAUGGGGCGAAGUUUUCGGAUGACAUGAUGAACGACAUACCUAGACGCAUCCUUAGGAGAGAGUGUCACAUCACAGCGGCACAUAUGAGCAUACGCCGAAUGAAAGCAAUCGGUGCUCAUACCUCAACCUUGAGAGUAUGAUUGAUAGGGUAGCUCUGAUCGAUGCGUUGUAUGUACCAAUUCCGCAUAGCUGCGGCACUGCCUCUCGUUUUCCACGACGGCUUGCACUCUGGCAGUCUAUGCUGGAUCACUCGAGGAGUGACAAUCUCGCGUGUCUCUGCUUGCACCAAUGAAACGUCAGCCAUGCAGUCCGCGCCAUGUUCUGG